GGUAUGGUAUGAGAGAAUAAAAAGAAAUUGUGAAAUCAGAUGUUGAUUGACUUACUUGUUGGGGAGGAGAGGAGAGGAAGACGAAAACACCUACAACUUCACGCAACCUUUCUUUCUUCAAUCCUCAGCAGCUAUGAGUCUCUUUGGUCUCGGCAGGAACCAGAGGACUUUUCGCCCCAAAAAAAGUGCGCCAUCCGGAAGUAAGGGUGCGCAACUUAGAAAGCACAUUGAUGCUACCCUAGGUAGCGGAAACCUGAGGGAAGCUGUAAGGCUUCCUCCUGGGGAGGAUUUGAAUGAGUGGCUUGCUGUGAAUACUGUAGAUUUCUUCAACCAAGUGAAUCUUCUCUAUGGUACCCUAACAGAGUUCUGCACUCCUGAGAACUGUUCUACAAUGUCUGCAGGCCCCAAGUAUGAAUAUAGAUGGGCAGAUGGGGUUCAGAUCAAAAAACCUAUUGAAGUUUCUGCUCCAAAAUAUGUUGAAUACUUAAUGGAUUGGAUUGAAUCUCAGCUUGAUGAUGAAUCCAUAUUUCCUCAGAGGCUUGGUUCACCAUUUCCCCCCAAUUUCAAAGACGUUGUUAAGACAAUAUUCAAAAGACUAUUUCGUGUAUAUGCUCACAUUUAUCACUCUCACUUCCAAAAAAUUGUGAGCCUUAAGGAGGAAGCGCAUCUGAACACAUGCUUCAAGCAUUUUAUACUAUUUACCUAUGAAUUUGGAUUAAUAGACAAGAAGGAGCUUGCACCUCUGCAGGAGCUUAUAGAUUCCAUAAUUGUUCCUUACUAAAAGGUGUGUGUGUGUAUGUGUGUCAAUUUAAAGAAAAUUCUUAUAUUGACAAAUGCAUAUCGAAAUCAAAUAAGUACUAAAGGACACUGAAUAAUGUGUAGUUAAUAAUUUUACUUCAGUGUCUAUACUGUGUUAAAAAGUUGUGUUGGGCUUUUGUGUUAUUUUUAUAGGGCACACUGACUUGAAUAUGAUACUAGAGGAGAUUCUGGUUUUUUAAGGAAUA